CCUUAACAAUACUUUGGAAACUCAAGUGUCAAACAAACUGAGCGUGCGCGUUAUCCUCAACUCUCCUCAUCUCUUUCCCUCUCCUCUGUUUCCCUUCAGAAUCCUCGUGCAAAAACCAGAAUGAUCUCUCAACACCUUCAGCUCCAACUACACUCCCUUCCUCAGUCUCCUUUUAACCGCUCUUUCUUUGUUUCCGCCGUCAAGAAGCCUCAUUCUUCAAUAAAGUUCCCCAAGAAUUCUCCUUUUCGUUUCCAUUUACCCUUCAGACAUAGCUACGGCUCUGGCGGUUCUGGGUUUCUAAGGUUCAGAAUCAGGAGUUCAGAGAGCGAAGUUGAAGAGAACAAGAGGCAGAAACAGCAGGAUGUGGUCAAGAGAGCAUACCCUUUUCACGAAAUUGAGCCCCAAUGGCAGCGUUAUUGGGAAGAGAAUAAAACUUUUCUCACCCCAGAUGAUGUUGAUACCUCUAAGCCUAAGUUCUAUGUCCUUGACAUGUUCCCUUACCCGAGUGGAGCUGGGUUGCAUGUUGGGCAUCCAUUGGGGUACACAGCCACUGAUAUUCUUGCCAGGUUUAAGCGUAUGCAGGGUUACAAUGUUUUACAUCCAAUGGGAUGGGAUGCAUUUGGUUUACCUGCUGAGCAAUAUGCAAUCGAGACAGGAACUCACCCAAAAAUCACGACAUUGAGAAACAUUAAUCGCUUUCGAUCCCAGCUCAAGUCAUUGGGCUUCUCAUAUGACUGGGAUCGUGAAAUUUCUACUACAGAACCAGAAUAUUAUAAAUGGACGCAAUGGAUCUUCCUUCAACUCUUAAAGAGAGGUUUGGCAUAUCAGGCAGAAGUGCCGGUUAAUUGGUGCCCUGCCCUUGGUACUGUCUUAGCGAAUGAGGAGGUGGUGGAUGGUGUCAGUGAACGUGGGGGCCAUCCGGUAAUAAGAAAGCCAAUGCGGCAAUGGAUGCUCAAGAUUACUGCCUAUGCUGAGCGUCUUCUUGAAGAUCUUGAGGAUCUUGAAUGGCCUGAAAGCAUAAAAGAAAUGCAAAGAAACUGGAUUGGUAGGUCUGAAGGAGCUGAGUUGGAAUUUUGUGUUCUUGCAAGUGAAGGGCGGGAAACAGAUGCAAAACUUACUGUCUAUACUACCAGGCCUGAUACCAUCUUUGGAGCAACCUACUUAGUUGUGGCUCCGGAGCAUUAUUUGUUGUCUUCAUUUGUAUCUGCAGCACAGAGCAAACAUGUAGAGGAAUACAAAGACCUUGCAUCAAGAAAAAGUGAUCUCGAGAGGACUGAACUUCAGAAGGAGAAAACUGGAGUUUUUACCGGUUCUUAUGCCAAAAAUCCAGCCCCUGGGGAAGCCCUACCAAUAUGGGUUGCAGACUAUGUCUUGGGGAGUUAUGGAACAGGAGCGAUUAUGGCUGUACCUGCCCAUGACACUCGUGAUCAUGAAUUUGCCUUGAAGUAUAAUAUUCCUAUACAGUGGGUUGUAAGGCCAGAUGAUGAAACUUAUGGUGAUCCCGAGAAGGCCUUUUCAGAUGAUGGCAUUAUCAUUAACUCAUCAAGUUCCAAGACAGGACUUGAUAUUAAUGGCUUGUCUAACAAAGAAGCUGCUUCCAAAGUUAUUGAGUGGGCUGAAAAAACUGAAAAUGGGAAGAGAAAGGUAAACUACAAGCUGAGGGACUGGCUUUUUGCAAGGCAGCGUUAUUGGGGAGAACCUAUCCCUGUCAUCUUCUUGGAUUCCACCAGUGAGACUGUUCCUGUUCUUGAAACUGAGCUGCCACUCACAUUACCUGAAUUAGAUGAUUUUACCCCCACUGGCACUGGGGAGCCACCACUGUCAAAAGCAGUUUCUUGGGUGAAAACAAUUGAUCCUUCAUCUGGAAAACCUGCCAAACGAGAAACGAGCACCAUGCCACAGUGGGCUGGUUCUUGUUGGUACUAUUUGAGAUUCAUGGACCCUAAAAAUUCUGAAGCAUUAGUUGAUAAGAUGAAAGAAAGAUACUGGAGUCCAGUUGAUGUUUACGUAGGUGGUGCUGAACAUGCUGUCCUCCACCUACUUUAUUCUAGAUUCUGGCACAAGGUUCUUUAUGAUAUUGGUGUUGUUUCGACCAAAGAGCCCUUCAAGUGUGUCAUAAACCAGGGAAUUAUCCUCGGGGAAGUUCAAUAUAUAGCUUACAAAGAUCAAAAUGGAAGUUACAUAUCAGCAGACUCUCCUGAUAUAUCAGAUGAGCAUCAUCAAGAAAAUAUUCCUGAAGAAAGAGUCAUGAAGGCAGGAGAUUCUUUCAUACUGAAAGACAACCCAAGCAUUCGCUUGAGCGCUCGUGCUCAUAAGAUGAGUAAAAGCAGGGGAAAUGUUGUCAACCCUGAUGAUGUUGUUCUUGAGUAUGGUGCAGAUUCUCUUCGGUUGUACGAAAUGUUCAUGGGACCAUUUAGGGACUCGAAAACUUGGAAUACUAGUGGUAUUGAAGGUGUUCAUCGAUUUUUGGCUAGGACUUGGAGGUUGAUUGUUGGUUUGCCAUUAACAGAUGGCACGUUUAAAGAUGGAACUGUGGUUACUAAUGAUGACCCUACUAUGGAACAGCUACGUGCUCUCCAUAAAUGCAUAGCUAAGGUAACAGAGGAAAUUGAAGGGACACGGUUCAACACAGGAAUUUCAGCAAUGAUGGAAUUUCUUAAUGCAGCGUACAAGUGGGCUAAACAUCCGAGAUCAAUUAUUGAACCAUUUGUUUUGUUGCUUUCACCAUAUGCACCCCACAUGGCUGAGGAGAUUUGGUCUCGCCUAGGUCACUCAAAUUCUUUGGCAUAUGAGCCAUUUCCUCAGGCAAAUCCCACCUACUUGAAGGACUCCACCAUUGUUCUUCCUGUUCAGAUCAAUGGCAAGAUGAGGGGCACCAUUCAGAUUGAAGAAGGAUGUACAGAGGAGGAUGCUUUCAUUUUAGCAUCGCAAGACGAGAAACUUUCCAAGUAUCUAGACGGGCAGUCUGUCAAGAAAAGAAUCUACGUGCCCGGAAAGAUCCUGAACGUUAUAUUAGACCGGAAAAAUGUCAAGGUGGGUCUCAAGUAA